AUGCAACCAAAUCACUGCGACCUCGGUCAGGUGCGCGAGCCCAGAGCCGCAAGUCAACUGAUGCGCGAUGGCCAGCCGCGCGACCAACAUGGCCACAGUGGUCAGGCCCGAUCAUCUGGUGGGGGAACCAUGAGAUCAGAGGACUCUUGGAUCGAAGUAUCAUCCCAGCCCUCCUCCUCAUCACUGUCCUCAGCAGCGACAAACGACGAUAUAAUCACGACGGGUCUCCGGGUCGAACAUCGUGAGGCAGGCAUGUAUCAGCACCGCAGUCGUCGACGGCGCAUACAGCAUCUGGCUGCCGUGGCUACCGCCCAAGUGGAUUAUUCGUCGCGAGAGGCUAGUUUAGCGAGUAGCAGCCAGGAGGAAUAUGAAGAGAGUGAAAGCGAGUCAGACCCGCCGAUGAGCAGCUCGAACGAAGAUAUCAACCGCCCCGUCCGGCCUACUUUGCUACCUAUGCCACGUUCAGCCCACUCCGAUGUAGCUGACAGCGACGAUGAAGACGAUACCUCUACUGCACUGGGAAUGGGCAUCAGUCCAUCACCAUUUGUCCCACAACCCAACGUCUUCUCCCAUCCACUUCCAACGUCCGACCCGUCAUGGAAUCGUCAAACCGAAUCUCGACGCUCCCAGCCCAGCGUCUUGUCAAACUCCAGCCGCCGCACUGCGAUCCGUCGGGAGUCCUACCCCAGCACACGGGGAUCUCGUAGAUCUCAACAGCCCCAGCACAGCCCUUAUAAUAUGAUCUCGCCUUCUCAUCACGCCGACCACGAUGCCGCUCUCCGCGCGAGUCUCUCCACUCUUUUGUCAUGCGCAGCCGCCGCCCGAGGGCUUCCCAAAACCGAAUCUCCACGCAUGCAAACCAGCCCUCCAGCCGCAGCUCCACCAGCAUCAUUCAGGCUGGUCGGUGAAUCUGUUGCGAUGGGCGAUGAAGAUAGCGGCGCAGAAGGCCCGUCCUCACCCCGGUAUAUGGAGACCAGCCCCUCAGUGGGUUCGCCCCGCCGCAGACACCCAGCGGCUCCAUCAGGCCCGUCCGUGUCCAAAGCAAAACGCCGAUCUGCCUCUCCCAAAGACCGCAACGUUGCAAAGAAGAGCCGGCGUGCCAGUCUGUCCGACUCGACGGCGCCUGUCAGUCCCACCGUCAUGACGUGGGUGAUCAGUGCGGGUGUCGUCGUCCUCUUCUCAGCGAUCAGUUUCUCGGCCGGAUACAUGCUUGGCCGCGAAGUUGGGCGCGCUGAGAUGGGCAUGAUAGGAGAUGGCAGUGUCCCCGGAGCACGAUCAUCGGCGGCAUGUGGACAAGAAGCAGUGCGAGGCGGUCUCAAGAGACUGCGUUGGGGCACUGCUGCUGCUGGAUCAGCCAGCUUGGCUUGA